AGGCGACGCGCAAUUCUGUCCUCAGCGCGCAGCCGUGGAGGCGGGUGCACUAUGGACGGUUAAAUAUAUAUACAUUUUAACAGUACUGUUUGCAGAGAGUGCCAUGACAGGCCGUAAACUGGCUAAAGAAAAGAAGCGGCAUCGCUCCCGUUUGUGCUGCCCGGAGGAGGGAGGCGGCAGCGAGAGGAAACGGAGGAGCACAGACUCGCUGCACGGCCUUCCGGAGGAAACAAAAUGUUCUGCACAAGCUUCAGAAAAGGAGGAUGGGGGAGAAGAGCUCAGUGACAUAGAAGAAGGUGGAUUAGACCUCAGUGUGCAACUGAAACCAGUUAGUUUCUAUAUAACAGACAAGAAGGAAAUGCUUCAACAGUGCUUUUGUAUCAUUGGGGAGAAGAAACUGCAGAAAAUGCUGCCUGAUGUUUUAAAGACCUGUUCCAUAGAAGAAAUCAAAAGACUUUGUCUUGAACAGUUGGAUCUCAUGUCAGAGAAGAAAUUACUGAAAAUUCUUGAAGGUGAGCAUGGUGCUGAUUCUGACAGCGAUGUAGAGGCCAGUGCUAGUGAAGGGAAGGCCGGCAUUGAAUCAAUUAGUCAGCAAGACAAUAGCAUAGAUUCUACUUCUUCUGUGAAAGAAGACAACAAAUUGGAGGGGUUGGACCCCAAACAUGGAAAAGGAGAAGAUAGUGAUGUUCUCAGCAUCAACGCAGAUGCCUAUGACAGUGAUAUUGAAGGCCCGUGCAAUGAAGAGGAGAAUCCCAGUGUGCCAGAAAGGACUGUCAGAAGCGGAGAUGGUCAGAUAGAUGAUCUUCAGAAGGACAUUGAGAAAAGUGUGAAUGAGAUCCUGGGGCUUGCAGAACCUUCCUCAAAGGAAACUAAGGCAGCAGCACUAGCAGUUCCUCCAGCAGAUGAUGUUCAUCCAUCAGCACAGCAGCUAGAGCUCCUGGAGCUCGAGAUGCGAGCCAGGGCUAUUAAGGCCCUCAUGAAAGCUGGAGAUGUAAAAAAAUAGCUUCUGGGUGAUUUCAUUUGCAAGUUAUUUAUAUGUAUUUUGAUGGGUGUGAUGUCAGCUCCCUUCAGUGAGAAAAUGUAUUUGGACUGGAUUUGACAUUUCUCGUUGAAACAUUGUGUAUCCUAACCCUUGGCUGAAAUAGUUGGUGGCACUUUGUCACUGCCAUUAGUAAACUUCCUCUGUGACUUGCUUACAUUGUCUGGUUUGACACAGACUCUGUUGGUUACUUUUUCUUUGUGCUAGCAUAUUUCUUGAUGUGAAUUGUGAAACAAUAAUGACAUAGUGCCUCUCUGGCCAAAUCUUGGAGCCUUAUGGAAGAAUUUAGAGAGCAAUGUGGGGUAUUUGCCAUCCUAGCUCCAGCCUUUUGCUUUUGGAAGCCAUUGGGCAACUUGGGGUAGAAUGUCAAAUGUAGAAAGAAGGGGGUAGAAACAAUACCUGACAGAAGUUGAGAGGUAUAGGGCAUGUGAAUUGAGAAACCACUCCAGAGUCCCUCAAAGUGCAAGAGCAGACUCUGGAGCUAAAUCACUCCAUUGGUGCAGUGUCUGAGCAAUUAGAAGUACUGUCUACUGCCUCAGACCUGGAUACCCCACAUAAAGGCCUAAGAUGGUGACACUGGUUCUCAGUGGCUGAACCCCCUAAAGGGUUUGACCCAUGGCUACUACUUGACCUUGUCACAUAUGACCCUAUCCAUAGACACUCAUAAUCUGUAUAGUUUGCACUUAAACUUGUUUCUUGUUUACCCUAGUAUUGAUGUGUUCAUGUCUGAAAUAUCUUUCUUCAUAAAGAACCUUUGAUUGUCUGGGAGUACUUAACAUGUGAGUCUGUGUGAUGCUCAGCUUCUGAAUUAAAUAAUUAAAAUGACUGACUUUUUGCUUUGGAAGAUUGAAAAGUGUGCUUAAAUUGUGAAAUACACGUGGCUAUGGAUAAUUUUUAAACUCAGCAUUGGAAAGAUACAGAUACCUAAUUCAUUCCUAUGCCCAUUUUUUUCAGACUGUUGUUUCAUUGACUGUAGUGUUUUCUACCUUCUUUUUAGCAAUACAAAGGAGAUAUUUGUAUCAA